UGAAAUAACCCCUAAUUUGAAUUAGUGAAAAAUUAGGGUUCAUAUAAAAAUCGAUUUGGGGAUUUUGUAAAUGUUAGUUGGUUUGACAAAUUAAGCUUAUUGAGUGGUAAUUACCUUGAUUAUCACUGUUUCUCAAAAGAAGCGGAAGAAAGAGAACAAGCGAAAAAAAGUUCCAUUUCACGUAUAAUAAACAGGAAAAAUCUCAGAAGGAAUACCCAAAGAGGAAAUUAGGUCAACAAAAAGUUCGUUCUUCCUCUCACUCAUCACUUCAAUUUCUUCUCAAACUCCCAUCUUUUCAUUGUCUCAUUAUCUAAUUUUAUCCCCAAUUCCUCUCUUGCAUUCAAUUCUGUUCGAAUCAACCUUUUAACUUCUAACCUAAUCAAAUUCCUUUCAAUUUCAGAUUUUGGUGCCAACUUCUUCACUGAAAUUAAACUAAAUUAUUCCUCAUGGCCGUUCAAGAUUCAUUUUACAUUGUAAAAGAGAAGACCCAGUUAUCCACGCUGAACAGUUUGAAGCCUAUCCUUAAACUAUUGUAUUGCUCGAUAUGUUCAUCUUUCAGUGAUAAGAGUGAUACCAAAAAUGGUUUCCAGCUCAAAUUUGGAAAUACGACUAUGUUGUCCAAUAUCUUGUUUGAAGAGCUCCAUAAAAGGUUACAAUCCAUGGAUAUAAAGGUUGGAUUGGCUGUAUUACCUGUUAAUGGGAACGAUUCAGCGGAAGAGUUGCUUAUGAUUUUAAGAUGUUGUGUUCUCUUGGUGAGGCUGCAUCCAUAUGAUCAAAUCCUUAUAGAGAAACUCCAGUUUGGUGUUUCUUUACUUCGCCGAUUGUCUUUUCAACGGAUAUUGACUCGUUCUCAAAGUAAUUAUGCUGGCUGUACAGAGUCAUCUUCUCUUGAUUUCAAUGCCAACCCAUCUAACUUGUAUUUACAACAAAUGCAGGAGGUCUAUUUGGAUGAGGUGUUUGCAGAGAGACCGUUCAUGGAGUGUAUUGGGAUUUCAGACUCUGUCCCUUCCACUUUUCAUGACCAGGCUAUGUGCCCUUCUAUACAGAUUGAGAGUGUCCUUGACAUUAUAGCUGCUCAUUUUCUUAUAUCAUUUUCUGGAGAAGACGUCCUUCAAACUUUUAUGGAAAGUCUAGUUUGGACAAAUAAAAAUGUUGUUUCUUCUCGUGAACUGAGCUUGCCUGUGGCGUUAUCAUUGAUCAAUCACCCUGUCAUGAUGUCUUCCUCAAUACUUCUUCGUUCACAUCUGAUAUAUUUGGCGUCCGAAGUUAUUGGCAUCUGUGAUUUUACCCCCAAAUCGGGCCCAAAUGUGAAAUGUUGGGAAGGAUAUCAAUAUACGCUUUUUGACUCGGUCACUUUGUACUAUGAACAUAUGUCUAAAUUGAUGACUGGUUCUUGUUCCCCUGGGAGCAUUGUCCAAAACCCUAUUGAGUCACAUUUCCACUCUGACAUUCAUGAUAGAAUCAUCUUUAUGCUUGUUGAUUGGGAUAAUGCCUGGAGAGCACGAGCACGUAACAGUGGGAUUUUUAACAAGACACUCUCUAGCAUGGAAAUUGAUGCUAUUUCCUACAUAGAGAUGAAUAUUUAUUUAGUGGAUGAAACUUACAGAGAUAAUGUGUGCUUCUUUCUUGGUAAAUUGAUAAGAGAACUUGUUUCUGUUGAAAUUGAUCAAGCAUCUUUGCAAAGUUUUGAGGAAAUGACAGUGCACGAAUUUUACCUGCUUGCUUCUAUAUUGAAGCUGAUGAGCUGCUCUUUGUUGCAAGCUAAUCGCUCAGAUAAGAUUUUGAGUUGUUUGAUAGCAUUCUUGAAGAAAAGAGACACACUUCCAGGUCACGGUGUGAUGAGUUUUUUCGCACAGAACAAGUUCUGCUUACCAAUUGAAGUCCAAAAUUUCAUAGUUGGUGCCCUGAAAUCAAAUUUAUCUACAUGUGAAGAAUUUGAGUUCAUGUUUGUGCAUUUUGCUGGCCUUUUGUCAUUUUCCAUAGUCAGUGGGUUGCACAUCCUAAUGAAGGGAUGCUUAUUCUUAAUGCUGAUUCUCGCAAAUAGUUUAGCUUUGGAAUUAAGAACCGAAUCACCCACAUGUGUGCCUUCAAAGGUCUCUGUUGCUAGUUCUUUUGGUACAUCUCAAAAGGAUACUUUAGCUUUGGAUUUAAGAACUGAGCCACCCACAUGUGUGCCUUCUAGUUCUUCUGGUACAUCUCAAAAGAUUCGUGUACGAAAGACAUCUAGCCACAGAGUUGCAUCAUGCUUUCGGAAAGAAAGGCAAAAGGUGUUGAGGGUAAUAAAUCCCGAUGAUCCAGAUUUAUCAGAUGAGGAAACUUGCAAUGGGGAGAAAUACCUCAGGAGCCUUAACGUGAGUCAGAAGGAUAUUGACGAGCUUGCUGAUUUUCUCGUGUGCAGUCCAUGGAGAGACUACAAUGCUCGUUUAGAAUACAGUAAUAAAUUAAGGCACAGGAGAGCUAUGGUGCGUGCUAGGCGACUGCGGCGGAAGAAGAUGCAGGCUUUCGGUUUUGUUAGAAAGUGGAAGAAGUAAAAGGAAGUUAUAGGAAAGCCUGUGAAUUUACAAAGUAAAUCAUUAAUACAAUUUUAGAGAAAUGUACAAGUUAAAAAAAGCCUAGAGGGUUACUUUUGUGGUGUUCUAAUGAUCCUUAGUUUAGGUAGUGUAUAAAGAAAAUGACCCUUAGUUUAGCUAGUGUAUGAAAAGGAAAUGAUCCUUAGUUUAGGUAGUGUAUGAAGAAAAUGAUCCUUACUUCUAAAGACUGUAAUUUGCUUAUGGAAGACAUCACCAUGAGUUAGGAUAUGCUGGAGGUGUUGUAUAUAGUUGGUGUAGGUUUUGUAUGACACAUAAUGAAAAGCUCAAUCAAAGCGCUUGAUUGGUGA